AUGAUACGACGCUCACCUCCUAAUGCUCCGGCAUCACCCUGCUAUACCUCUGAACCGAAUUUAACAUCCUGCUCUAAUAAUGAAAACUUAAACAUAACGCAGAGGAAAAGAAAACGUGAGUCGGAUGAAUUAGGACGUAUGGAAAAAAUGAUGAUAGAGAUGAAAACCAUGUUUGAGGAGUUUGUAUCGAACCAAACUCAACAAAAUAAUAAAAUGGAUACUCUGCAAACGGCACUUGAAGAUAUUCGAACUCAAAAUGCAAAAAUUAGUAUUCUAAACUCAGAAAUCCGUGCCCAAAACGAAGAAAUCCAGAAGACCGUGUCAUUUUUGUCGGAAAAAUAUGAUGAGGCGGUGCUUGAGAUUAAUAAUUUAAAAGCAGAGUGUAACAAAAAUCAGCAGAUCAUAAAAACUUUAGAAAAUAAGGUAGACAUCUUGGAAAAAAAUUUGAGAGCAUCGUCACUUGAAAUAAAAAAUAUACCAUUACAAUGUCCUGAAACCCGUGAAACUCUAAUUAGCACAGUCCAAAAACUAGGCAGUAUUAUUAAUCAUUCCGUACUGGAAACGGAUAUUAGAAAUAUUUUUCGUUUGAAAAGUAAGACUGAAUCAAACAAGGAAAACCGUCUUAACACAACCCACUUGCACGAAAAAGGACCUAAGCAUUUCCUAUACGUAUCUGAGUUCCUCACCGCCAUGACAAAGAGACUUUACUACCUUGCACGGGAGUUUAUUAAGACUAGUGAAUACGAACAAUGUUGGACAGCCAAUGGUAAGGUGUACAUACGCAAAAAAGAAGGGAUGCCCAGUCGACUUAUCAAAUCAGAAGAUGAUCUAGUUCAACUACGAAGACAAAAAUGA